AGUUGCCAACAGCUGGUUCCCUAUUUAUUUAUUUUCUUUAAUCAUAACAAAUUUUAUUGGUUUUGUGAAGGUACUGACGGGGAAAUUAAUUCAAAGCUAUCAAUAAUAUAGUGUCGGUUUAAGUGUUGAAAUUCGCUGGUUUGUAGAUACAUUAUUGGUAACCUUAGAAGAGUACUUAUUUUAGAUUGUGCGAUCGUGGAAGAAUUUGUAAAAUGAGCAAAUUAGCGUAUACAACUGCAAAUCUUUCUGAUGUGCAGUUGAAAGAACAAGGAAAUCAGUUGUUUGUAUUAAGAAAAUAUGAUGACGCUGUAAGCUGCUACACUAAGGCGAUUAUGAAAAAUCCCAAUAAUGCAACUUACUUUACUAAUCGGGCCUUAUGUUACCUGAAACUAAAAAGAUGGGAAUUAUCAUGCCAAGAUUGUCGCCGGGCGUUAGAUCUCGAUUCUAAUUUUCUUAAAGCCCACUUUUUUUUAGGGCAAUGCCUAAUAGAAAUGGAACUAUAUGACGAGGCCAUUAAACACUUACAAAGGGCUUUCGAUUUAUCAAAGGAGCAGAAACAAAAUUUUGGAGAUGACAUUACUUGCCAGUUACGUCUCGCACGAAAGAAACGGUGGAGUUUAUUAGAAGAAAAGAGAAUAUGCCAAGAAAUAGAACUACAAACGUAUAUAAAUAGGCUUAUAAAAGAAGAUAUGGAUAGAAAUUUAGCUAGAUUGAAGAUCGGCGAGAAUAUCAAUGAACAUGAAUUAAAAGAAAAACAACAGGAAUGUGAGCAACAAUGUGACGAUCACAUUAAGGAGUUAAAUAAUAUUUUUGCUAAAGUGGAUGACAGAAGACGAAAACGCGAUGUGCCAGACUAUCUAUGUGGUAAGAUCAGUUUUGAAAUUCUCACCGAUCCUGUGAUAACUCCAUCCGGCAUUACAUAUGAACGGAAAGAUAUUGAAGAGCAUCUGCAACGUGUAGGCCAUUUUGAUCCUGUGACUAGAGUUAAAUUAACCCAGGACCAACUUAUACCGAAUUUUUCGAUGAAAGAGGUAGUGGACUCAUUUAUUGCGGAAAACGAAUGGGCUUUAGACUUUUAAAAAUUGUUCAAGUUAUACAUAUGUAUUAAAAAAAUUUAAUAUAUAUGUAGCAUUAAGAAAAACAUAAAUAAUAAAUAUUUUAAGAUACACUAAAUAAAAAUUCUUUAACCAUUACAAACA